CGUGAAGUGAACUACACCGUUCACUGCCCUGCCGCUCUCGUAUGCAGAGCUCUGUGGCGGUUUGCAUAUAUAUUAAAUGGCAGGAUGGGAAGGUGAGAAAUUCUUUAUUCGAAUUCUUUCGACCUGAAGAUUUUGGAACAAGGCCCCUCGUCUUAAAACUAUCCCCACACCAAUCACCCCACCAUCUCGUCGUUAGUACCUAGAAGGCGUCACAGCUCAAGCUUCAAACUCGAAGACUUUCUAAACUGCAACUCUUUCUCUAUUCUUCAAAUAUACCCAAUCGAGAUCGAUAUACGGUAAUCCACACAGUCAUUCAUACCUGAAGCGCAGCAAACCACAUUCAGCACCUCCACCAUGGCCGCCCCCUCAACCGUCAACAUCAACAACCUCGACGGCAAAUGGGUCAUCGAAACCAAGAUCUCCGAUCCCAUCGACCCCGUCCUCUCCCUCCAAGGCAUCUCCUGGCUCACCCGCCGCGCCGUCACCCUCGCCACCGUCCACCAACACCUCUCUACCACCACUGACGCCGAGUCCGGCGCGCGCAAAAUCACAAUCGAGCAGUUCGCGACUGGCGGGCUGAAAGGCACGACGGAAACCCGCAUCUUCAACUGGACCUACAAAGACCACUCGGACUGGCUGUUCGGCGACGUGCGCGGCAAGACGCGCACCAAUUCCCUCGCGGCGAUCCGCGCCGAGAACGCAGGGAAUCCCGUGCUGAAGGAGGACGCGGAGUACCUGGUCACCGGGUGGCUUGAGGAGAACCAGGGCGAGGGGGGUGUCAUUGAGAGUUAUGUGGAGAAUGACAAGGCCGGGUGGACUGGGUGGCAGGUUUGGGGGUUCGCGGAGCAGGAGGUUGCGGGGAAGAAGGAGAGGUGGUUUGUUAGGAGAUUUGUGGUUAGGAAGGGGGAUAAGGCGGUUAGGGUCCGGCUGUGCUAUUCUUGGGAGGGCGAGUUGGAGAAGUGAGGUUCGUGAGGUGUGAUUGAUGCUUCAAUACUUGCACUUUGUGCUGUUGGUUCUUAUAUAUCAUGAUGAGCAGGCUUAGGUUUUUUUUCCUCUUUCUCCCUAUGCUGAGGUCUCAGGGAUACAUAUAUCUGUGACGUUGGAUGCUUCUAAUGGACUCAUAAAUCUGAUAUACAUGACCUUUUGCAUUAUCAUUGCCAUCAGGGUAAACAACGGGCCUGCUAUCAUAAUUUUAACUCGAU